AUGUCCUACCAAGGUCACUGUAACUGCGAGAGCAUUCGCGUUGCCCUCCCCCAACAGCCAGCAAACACUGGUAUCUGUUAUUGGUAUGAUCUUACCUUGGACAUCAAUUAUCUUAAUGAUAGCUCUCUUACUAAUAUUGGGUAUCACUUUAGCGAUUCAUGCAGGCGGGCUGGUGGCGGCGGAUUUUCCUGCAAUUAUUUAGUUAGCGAGGAUGAACUGACUGUCGAGGAUUCGGGCAAGACCCUGACAAUCUUUGACGACAAGAAGUCUGCCACUGGAAACAUUGUCAAGCGCCACUUCUGUUCCUCCUGUGGCAGCCCCGUGUUUACUAAGACCCCCAAGGCGCCCGGAAUGGUCUUUCUGAAGGCUGCUCUGUUUGAUACUGUUUCCCCUCCUAAAGCCGGCCACAUUAGCCAUGCUACCUUGUAUGAAUCAAUAACCCGAGAGAAAAUGACAAAAGCCGUAGCUGAAGCUCCAAGCCCCGAGCGACCGGUAGCUGUCCUGCAAAAUCCCCGACCGGGCCUUGCGCAUGACAGCGAAACGGAUACCCGCGAGGCUCUCGAGCUACGAGAAAUCCAAACACUCGAGGAUAACCGAUUGGAAGAAUCAACACAGUCAAACUCAUCCGGCGACGAAUAUCGCGUCGUAACUCGACGCACAACCUCGCGCGCUGCGGCAGCUCGUGUUGAGUCUCGGCGACGCCGCCUCGCAAAGAAGGGGGCUUGGGGGAAAUUCGCGAGGUUUUGGACACAUCAUGUUACUUUGACUGUGCCGCACAAGAGUAGCCGUGAUUAUUUUGCUCUGGAGCGGACAUUUCUUGCUUAUAUUCGGACCUCAUUGGUGGUCACCCAACAGGGGGUGCUUAUCGCGCAGCUAUUCCGCCUGCCGGCAGCGGAGGCCUUGGCGGAUCGUUUGGGUUUCUCUCAUGUUGGCAUUCCGCUUUCUGUUACUUGUCACUGCGUGGCUAUUUUUGUCGCUUUGCUUGGCGCUUAUCGUUUCUGGAGACAGCAGAACGCCAUUGCGAGGGGCAAGGUACAUGCUGGUGGGUGGGAACUGAACUCAGUAGGGAUUCUUUUGGGCUGUAUUAUAUUGACGGUGCUCAUUGUUUGUAUCGCUAUUGUUGUCGAGUAUGAAUCAGAUCCAUCCAUACUAGGUCGGUGGAUAUUGAGGCGAUAG